UCUUGCCUGUACCGCGACGAGAGGACACUUUCGCUGAAUCUUGGGAUGGUGGAGAUUUUCUGUGAUUCUUGGGAGGUCGUGUGUCCGUCGAUUUUUCGUUUUGUACGACGGGGAAAUGUUUAUCGUGUUUUUACGUUCGGAGGAGUUUUCUAAACGAUGGUUUUAGUCAAUGAGUGACGUUGGAAGCUUUUGAAAUGACGAACGACGCGUUUGAAUAGAAAGAAGUUUUCGAGCGUCAUGAUCGGUAUAAAUUAAGCGUUACACCUGUUCUUGAUGGGUUUUCGUGCCGCUGCAUUAAUUGAGAGAGUAUCGCGAGGCUGUUCGAGGAGGCGAUGAUGCACAGGAAGCGCGGAAUCUUUUGUUGUGAAAACGUACGCUGUUUGACUUAUUUGACGUUGGAUCGUCUAGUGGGGAUCUUCUUGCAGAGCUUUGGGUAUAUAAGUGCAUUUUGGUGUCGGUUUGCUUCGAAUUUGGUUGGAAGCUCUACCACGACUGUCGUUUCACGUAAGCCUACAAGCAAACCUAACUUCACAAAAUGAGGGCAAUCAUCGUUCUUGUCGUCGCUCUUCUCGCCGUAGCUUUGGCGGCGCCGGCCGAAGACAGCUCGGUUAAUCAAGUUUCCGAAACCGGAACGCACAAAUACGACGGCAACAUCAACUUUGACCUGUUCGGCGAGUCAUCGAUAAAGCACACCCUCGAGGGUCUUAUCGCUGCCGUUAAGGACACCCUCAAACUGUUCGGUUUGGAGAACAGCAUCCAGAGCGAACAUCAAGGUAGCGGAAAGCUCCAGGGCAACUUCAACUUCGCUGGUGAAGGCAGCAAGACCAAGGUUGACGGUGACGAUCAAAAAUGAAGUCUUUACAGUCGCUUAUCAUGAGCAGAGAUUACGUCUGGAAUUAUUAGGAUAUAGUUAAUCGCUUCGCAGCUUUAUCGAUCAUGAUGCUGUAGUGGAGCAUGUGCUUCAGCCUAAGCUAUUUUACGAUGAUUUAUCGAUCGCUUGAUAGUAAAAAAUGUUUUGAGAUUAUUUAA